AUGAGACUGCCGACCCUCUUCGCCGGGCUGAUUGCCUGCCUCAUUACCAAUGUCACCGCCACGGCUUUGACCUACAACAUUGCCGCCCACGAAAAGGCGUGCUUCUACGCCGAGGCCAAGAAAGACAACGAGAAGGUGGCCUUUUACUUUGCUGUGCAAUCUGGAGGCUCUUUCGAUGUCGACUACAUCGUUGAGGGACCCAACGGCAAGAUCAUUCUCCAGGGCGAGAAGGAGAGGCAGGGUGACUUCGUCUUCACUGCGCAGCAAGCCGGACACUACUCGUUCUGCUUCAACAACGAGAUGAGCACCUUUGCCGACAAGUUUGUCGAUUUUGAGAUCGCAGUCGAGAACGAGUCCCGCGCGACGCUGCCCUCAAAGCAGGGCACAUCCCCCGAACAGACGUCCGUCCUCGAGGAGUCCAUCUACAAGAUCUCUGGCCAGAUCUCGACGAUUACGAGGAACCAGAAAUACUUCCGCACCCGUGAGAACCGCAACUUUGCCACCGUGCACAGCACAGAGGGACGCAUUGUUCGCUUUAGCAUGGUGCAGAUUGGUCUCAUUAUAGCGAUGGGCGCGCUGCAGGUCGUCGUCGUGCGAUUCUUCUUCCAGCCGGUACACAUCAUGGCAUCGAUAGCCGCGUCGCUGCAGUCAGCGCUACCGAAACCAAAAUACACUGGCGAAGAGGAAGAAGCGCCACGCCAUGCCCAGCCCCGUGGUCCGCGCAUCGUCAGUGCCGACCAACUCGACGAGACACAGGUAGUGCUGAAGAGAGCCGGCCCUCCGGCCUAUGGUCAGCGCGCAGGAUGGCGACCGCGGUCGCAGGAGGAUUUCGGCGAUGGAGGCGCCUUCCCCGAAGUCCCCGUUGCGCAGUAUCCUUUGGACAUGGGCAGAAAGGGCGAGACGAAGAGCAACGCGUUGGCCAUCCAGGUCGAUGCAGACGGAAAAGUCAAAUACGACGCGAUAGCGAGGCAAGGUCACGGCGAUAACAGAAUCAUUCACACCUCGUUCAAGGACCUCAUUCCCUUGAGGCAACGUGCCGAUGCGGGCGAGAUCGAUCUUUCGCGACCUGACAAGGAGUCUGUGGCUGCCACGACGGAGAAGACAAAGGCUGCCUUGGCAGCGCUGACGGGAAGUGCGGUUGCUGCGCAGAAACCCAAGGCUUGGAACAUGGCGGAGCGCAAGGACGCCACCUUUGUACGGUACACACCCGCGAACCAGAUGGGCGACAACUCGAAGAAGCAAGACCGCAUCAUGAAGAUUGUCGAGCGUCAGAAGGACCCCAUGGAACCACCCAAGUUCAAGCACAAGAAGAUUCCCCGCGGACCUCCGUCGCCACCUCCCCCUGUCAUGCACUCACCUCCCCGUAAACUCACAGCCGAAGACCAGGAGAACUGGAAGAUUCCGCCGCCUGUCUCGAACUGGAAGAACCCCAAUGGGUUUACGAUUGCGUUAGACAAGCGAUUGGCCGCAGACGGACGUGGUCUUCAGGACGUGGACAUCAACGACAAGCACGCACAGUUUGCUGAGGCGAUUAAAAUGGCCGAACGACAUGCCCGUGACGAGGUGCAGCAGAGGGCCAAGAUGCAACAGAAGUUGGCAGAAAGGGAGAAGGCACAGAAGGAGGAGAGCUUGCUUGAGUUGGCACGACAAGCACGUGCCGAACGCGCAAAUGCUGGACAAAAGAAGCGACGAGACUCGAAUGACUCGCGUUACUCGAGGGACUCGCGAGAUUCGAGAUCAAGGUCGAGAAGCUACAGCGAGUCAGAGUCGGGUGCUUCGGACAGUGAAGACUCUGAAGUGCGUGAGCGUCAACGAGCUCGCAAGGAGAAACAACGGGAGGAGGAGCGGAAGCUCAGGAAGAACAGGAUGGGCGCUGAGCGCCGCAUGCAGGUGAUGGCGCGCGAGCAAGACCGUGACAUUUCGGAGAAGAUUGCCCUUGGCCUGGCGAAACCGACCCAGUCCAAGGAGACCAUGUACGACUCCCGACUAUUCAACCAGUCCAGCGGCUUCAACAGCGGCUUCAAUGAGGACAACGCUUACGACAAGCCGCUGUUUGCCGCCCAAGAUGGAAUCAACAGCAUCUACCGACCUCGCGCAAACGCCGACGAUGACGAUGACCCCGAGGCUGGUGACAAGGAGAUGGCCAAGAUCCAGAAGUCGAGCCGAUUCGGCGAGGCGCUGGGCAGGGGAACAUUCAAGGGGUCCGGUGACGUUGAGGCUCGUGAAGGUCCUGUGCAAUUUGAGAAAGAUGCCACCGAUCCUUUCAACGUCGAUAAGUUUCUAUCCGAGGUGGAGCAAUCCAGCUCAUCGAAACGGGGGUUCGGUCUGCAGGAGGACGGUGGCCGCACGAGCAAACGUGCUCGUGUAGAAGGGGAGGACGACUAA